AUGGAAUGGUCACUCUCCCAUGUUAUUCUUCUCCUAUUCUCCCUCUCCCUGGCCUACCUCCUCGCCGAGGCCAUCUACAACCUCUUCUUUCAUCCCCUCGCAUCCUUCCCCGGCCCUAAGAUCACCGCCGUCACCAAGCUCUAUGGCAUGUACUUUGACAUGGUCCAGGGCGACCACGGUGACCGCUGGAGUCGACGCAUCUACGAGCUACAUGAACAAUAUGGUCCCAUCAUCCGCAUCGAGCCCAACGAAGUCCACAUCUUGGACAGCUCCUUCUACCACAACCUCUACAACUUCGACCCCGAUCUCGAAAAGAAAGACAGCCACGUCGCAAACCUCCAACACACCCCCACGACAGCCGCACACCGCCGUCGCCGCAAAGCCUUUGACCCUUACUUCUCUCGCUCGAGCAUCCAAAAGAUCGAACCUCUGAUCAAGUCCACCAUCGACAAGCUCACCACCCAAAUCUCCCACAGCAAAGGCGUCGUCGACUUAUCGUUCUGGUUCCGCUGCAUGACCUUCGAGAUCAUCUGCGACUUCAUGCUCUCGCAGCCCUACAACCUCAUGGACGAGCCGGACAAAUCCUCCAAGAUGGUCAAGGCGAUCGUGCAGGUCUUCAAAGUCUUGAAGCCGAUCCAGCAGAUUCCUGUGGUGUCUUAUAUCAUGAACAAUCUGGAACACCUACCCAAAUGGAUGCAGAAGGCGCCGAGCGAUGAGGGACUCAUGUAUGUGAAAGUGUGGGAAGAGGGGUUAAAGCCGCGACUGAAGAAGGUGAGAGAAGGGAAGGCGGAGGCGGAGGAUGGGAGGGUCAUCUUGAUGCAAGAGUAUCUGAAGAACGAGACCCUGCCUGAGGAAGAGAAAUCGUACGAUUCGGUAAAGCAAUCGGUGCUCAUGAUGGUGGGCGCGGGCAUGGAGACGACAGGGUAUGCGUUGGGCAUGGCGAAUUACCAGCUGCUCCAACGGUCGGAUCUGCUCAAGCAAGUCAAGGAGGAGAUUGCCACUGUCUGGCCUUCCAAUCAAGAAGAAAUUCCUUCCUGGAGCACACUCGAAAGACUGCCCCUUCUGACUGCCAUCCUCAAAGAAAGCACACGACUCAGUCUCGGCGUCGCCGCUCGUCUGAUCAGAGUGAAUCGCAAACGAGCGGUCCAGUACAAAGACUGGGUCAUCCCUCCUGGUUAUCACAUCAGUAUGAACCAGGCCUUUGUAUUAUACGAUCCCGACAUAUUCAUCGAGCCGAAUAAAUUCGCCCCGGAGAGGUGGCUUCAAGGUGAGAAGAGCAAGGAGUUGGAAAAGUGGUAUGUGCCGUUUUCGAGGGGGAAUCGGAAUUGUAUUGGGGAGAGACUGGCCUGGGCGGAAAUGUACCUCACGCUCGCGGCUGUGCUGCAUCGCUUCGACAUGGAGCUCUACGAGACAGAGGAUAUAGACGUCUAUCCCGUGUAUGACCACUUCGUCCCGUUCCCAGAGCGGGAGAACGGCGUGAGAGUCACGAUCAAGUCGACUCGCGAUGCAUAG